GAUAUGUUAACUGUUUAACUAAUUGACAUAACACUUUGGAAUAGGGUAUAGUGAGGAGAGGACCAUUUUUGGUACCAGUAAUUAAUUUUUAAAUAUUAUUUCUUCGAAUUUAAAUAUUUAUAUAUUUACUAAGUUGGUUUCUGUAUGGUGCUUACUAGUAAGUCUAUCUAUAUUGCUCAAUAUUUAGAGAGGAAUAUAAAAACAUACAAGAUGGAUGCAGAAGUGGUAAAAGAGAAUGUAUGGCAAGCAGGAAGUGUAAGAACAAGAUGGGUUGUGCUGGCAGCACUGUGUUCCUGUGUCGCAGUGUUAGUAGCUGCAGUGUGUGAUCAAACCCUACCUACACCACUUGAUCGGUCUGCACCAAAAGACCGCUUCAUAGCUGAGAUUGCAUAUGAACAUCUGGUCAAUCUCACAUCCAUUGGACCUAGGGUAGCAGGCAGUUAUGAGAAUGAGGUGGCAGCUGUUAAGGUGCUGGUCAAUGCUGCUCGUGGGAUUCAGUCUGCUGCGUCAGCACAUAAUCGUGUCGAGUUUGAUGUAUUCAGGGCUAGUGGUGCCUUUUCGCUUACUUUCAUUGAUGGUAUGAGCAACAUAUACCGGGACGUCCAAAGCGUGGUGAUACGCGUACGAGGGGCCGGGGGCGAAAGCCGACCCACCCGUCGGAGCGCCCUGUUGCUCAAUUGUCACUAUGACACAGUACCUGAUAGUCCAGGUGCCAGCGACGACGGUGCUGGAUGCGCUGUAGUACUAGAAACACUUAGAGCCCUGGCCGCCUCACCACAUCCCCUACGCCAUGACGUGGUCGCUCUACUCAAUGGGGCUGAAGAAAAUAUAAUGCAGGCAUCCCAUGCCUUUGUAACAACGCACCGGUGGGCGAAAUCUUUGCGGGCUUUUAUCAAUAUUGAAGCCUGUGGCGCGGGCGGUCGUGAAGUUCUGUUCCAGGCGGGACCGAAUGACCCCUGGAUGCUCGAGGUAUACGCGGGCGCAGUACCGCACCCGUUUGCAUCAUCUCUAGCCCAGGAGUUGUUCGAGAGCGGACUAAUCCCCGCCGAUACUGAUUUUCGAAUCUUUCGAGACUUCGCUAACAUAUCCGGUGUGGACCUGGCAUGGAAUAGCAAUGGAUAUGUGUACCAUACGAGCCUUGAUACGGCGGAUAAAGUGCCACGUGCCACCUUACAACGCACCGGAGACAACGUGCUUGCGCUCGCGCAUGGUCUGCUCAGUAACGAACGAUUGGAGGCCGCUGCCGAACGUACACGUGCGCCUGUAUACUUUGACGUAGUUGGCCGCGUGGUAAUACUAGCGCGGGCACCUGCUGCCUUCGUAGCCACAAUCUUAGCUUUGGCUACAGUUGUGCUUAAGCUAUACCUAAGCGCCACUCAAGCUAAACAGCUGUAUAUACCGAGAAUGCGGUGGAUGCGGGUGGUUGGACGUGCGUUGUUGUCGGUGACGCUUGCGCAGUGUUGCGGCCUCGCUGCGUCUAUUGCGGUUGCUCUGCUGUUACAUGUCAGUGGAGCCCGAUUGGCGUUUUAUUCGCGGCCCUGGCUUUUGAUACCGCUCUACUCUGUUCCAGCCGUGGUAGCAUCGUGGUGGGAUGCACGUCUAACGUGGGGCAAAGCGCAAAGGGGUGGGGGCGUGGCCACAAUAGCACGUGGGGAGUGGACGCUGCGAGCGUGGCAUGACGCGCUGUGCAGCGCAGCCGCUAUCUUACUUGCAGCUGGAGCUUCUUUUGGACUGCGCAGCGCCUUCGUAGUGUUUCUGUGGACGUUACCAGCUAGCGCGGACGUCAUUUGCGUACUCCUUGGCGUACACGGAGCUCCGCGAGUGGUGUGUGGGGCGUUCGCCGCUGCAUUACCAGCGCUACAGACCGCAUACCUGGCCCUGGCGUCUCUUAAUAUGUUUGUCCCUGUUAUGGGACGCGCUGGGACCUCAGCUCUACCACCAGAUGUGAUAAUGGCAGUACUGGUUGGUGCGCUCACGCUGACGUUGUUCAGUUGGAUGCUGCCCCUCGUAGUUGCUGCUAAACAGCCGCAGAAACUGAUACGACUUGGCUGGGCGGUCACCUUAUCCACUGUGGUCCUUGUACUUUGCACUCCACUUGGAUUUCCAUACAGCGAGACACGACCGCAACGCUUCAUGGUGUUCCACACACGACGAACGGAACACUCACACACACCCAGAGACACGUUAUUGUAUUGGGUUCCCGCGUUGGACGCGAACACGCCACAAUCGGUAUACGCGCACGUGCCUGAAGUGGCGUAUGCGCCCGCCACAUGUUACGACAAACUCUACUGCGGGGCCCCGUAUUACCUCCCCGUUAUAUCCCUGGUGGCCCACGGCCAUGAACUUCCAGCUCUAGAGGAACCGAAAACGUCACUCAACGCCAGUGCCGAAGUUAUAGGCGAGGGACCGACCCGCGAUUUAAAACUUAAACUGCACGGCCCCAACCACAUAGUCGUAAUUUUAUCGCCCGUUACCGGAUCUAUCUCGUGGUGUCAGACGGGAGAGUUUCAAAUAAUCCCACAGCCAGGACCCCAAUGGCAAAACAGGCAGACCUAUUUUGUCUCCCUCCACGACGCUCUGAGUCCAGCCCCGUGGGAACUGUUAUGUCGAAUCGAGUCUCACGGGAACGGCUCGAAAUGGGUAGAUAUAUCUGUGGCGGGGCAUAGUAUGUCCGGUGCGUUGAAACAUAGCGAUGCGCAUGCGCAGCUGUUGUCACGCUUUCCGAAUUGGUCCGCUGUUACGGGUUGGGGAGUACAUUUACAUCUCUUUUCGCUAUAGAAGUGUUGAAAGUGGAAGAGAGUGACAUAUCGCUAGUAUUUACUUCUCUUGCCACAGAUUGCACGUAACACACAGGUUAAGGACUCCCGGUAAAUUAUUAAAUGGUCAAAUUAGGUGCAGGCGUAGUAUUGAGGGGUAAGGCAGACAUGGCGUGCUUAAAAAAAUUACAGUUAAAUCAUUUUGUAUCUGUGAAACUAAAACUUGGAGUCUGAAGUGACAUUGGUUAACAUUUUGACCAUCCAGAAAAGUUGUAUUGAUAAAAUGCUUUAGUCAUUAGGUUACAGUUAAUUAACUGUAAAGAAGAGAAUACAGUAGUUAGUGGACGUUGAGAGUAAACUCGAAAACCAAAGUUCAAAAAAGAAAGCAAUAUUUUAUUAAAUUAUUUUAUGUUUUUACCUGUUGCAUUUUAUAAUUUUAAUUUUUUAAUCUGUAAACAAAAGACAAUGAUGUGUGUCUAAUAUUUUUAAAUAGUUGUACUGGUACUUUUCCAUAGAUACAUAUAAGUCUAUGUAGAGUACUGUUGGCAAGAAAUGUGCCUUAGCAAAUGAUUUAAAAAUUUAAACUAGUAAGAAAUUUUCCUCGUGUGUCAAUUGUCAACUAAGAAUCUAAUGAAUGCCUGUAAAUAUGGUUGACCUGUCAAAGCGUUUGCGUGACAUUUAUAUGAUAAGUAAUUCAAAGCUUAGCUCAGUAUGUGUCUGAUAUGCAGAAGAUUAUUAGAAAAGUGUAAAUUUGAUACGUCAAAAUGCUUAUUUUUCCGCCAAAUCUUGCAAAGAUUACUUUGUGACCGGCGUGACCCCACAGCCGCUUGUUUCUUUCUAUACAGUUUCGAUAUAUCAUGAUUCGGUUUUAAAAACCAUUUCAUAUUUUAAACUAGUGGUUAUGAAACCUAUACAAAUUCGCUUUAAAAUUUUAAAUUAAAAUAUUCAUAAGUUUAAGAAUCCGCCAAAACGCGUGCGUCGGUAAGAUGGCGUCGCAACAGACUAUAAAUAAACAACAGACAGUAAAUACGUAAACGAACAUCAAGUUUUCUAUGUGUUCAUAAUUAUUCUGCGAUUACGAUACGCUCUUUAAAGCAAUGUUUUUGACAUUUAACACAUUAUCUUUCAUUAUGAUUAUAUGACGUAAUUCGCGCGACUUUGAGUACUAAGGUAAUACAAAUUAGUAGUCAUUCUUAUUUAAUAUUAAAUUCGAGUCGGCUUACGUUGAAAUUGUUUAUCUGACAUUUGUGGUAGUAAUAGUCCCCAUAGAUAUACCAUAGUUAUAGAUUAUGUUUAGCAAAAGUACACCAAUAAUUUAAGUAGGUAAUAAACAUAGGCUGUGAACUAAGUAAUAAUAAGUAAGAUUAUUAUUUACUUAAAUAAUCGGCUACUGUGGAAUAGCCUGAUAGUGAAGCAGCCUUUUCCUUGCCAAAGAGAAUUAGAUGCGUUCUUCGUUGUACUGUAGCCGUCCAUUUUGUUGUUGCAAUUGUUAGAAUGGUAUGUAACAUAGAUUCUGAACCAAAUGGGUCAUAGGAAUAGGUAGAUAACCUAAAAAUGCGCCACUAUUAUUGCGCGUAAGCUCUGCACUGUUUGAAUACAAAAAAGUUGAUUCGCACAAUCUAUUAUGAUUGAUAUAUUCAAUAUGAAUUAAAGUGAAACGCUCCCUGUUCAAGUAUUACGCACCGAAUUUGGGGAUGGAAACGACAUUUGCUUGUAAAACGUGACAGUCCGUUUCAAAGGGGGGGGGGGGGGGUUAUGCUACGCGUUACAUAGCAUUGCUUUAUUCUCUGACUCGUGUUUUAAAACAUUUUAUUUAUUUCAAAAUUUCAAAUGGAAUGACCACAUUUUUUAAACGGUCAUUUGAUCAGGUAACGGUUUGCUUUCGCUAGUUUUGAAAAAUGCCAGUAAAUAUGUAGUAUUCAACUUCUGUGUUUUUUUUUUUAUUAUCAUAGUAUAAAAUCUCCUGAAGAGAUGUAUUUUUUUAAUAUUUGUGUAUUGUAACGGGAAUUGUGAAUCCUGUUGUUCAUAUAAAUUGUCUAUAAAAAUGCACUGGUAUUUUUACCAAUGUAUUGGUAAAAUUUGGAUGGCAUGGGGGUUAAAAGGGUUAAGGGGAUGGGAGUAUAGAAAAAUGGCUUUUACACAUUAAGAAAAACACUUUUUGAACGGAUUAAAGCUAUGUAUUGAAAAC